GCGCAUGCGCAGCGCGAGCGGGGCAAGCUCGCCUGAGCCGAGGGGCCGGGGAGGAAGGAGGCUCGUCAUGGCCGCCUCCAUGAUGUGCUCUCGGGUGGUGACAGCGGCCGCCAGGCAGCUGAGGGGAUACCAGGGAGGGCGCGCCAGCCUCGCUGCCAAGAUUCUCAGUGGAAGUCCAGGUUUGCUUAGCAGCCAUGCGUUUCAAAUUGAGCAGCGAAGAAACUUGUCAUUGCAUGAAUAUCUGAGUAUGGAACUACUGAAAGAAGCUGGAAUUUCUGUUCCGCAUGGAUUAGUUGCAAAUACACCAGAGGGAGCUUAUAACGUUGCUAAACAAAUAGGUACAAAAGACCUUGUUGUGAAGGCACAAGUUUUAGCUGGUGGCAGAGGAAAAGGAACAUUUGAAGGUGGCCUAAAAGGAGGAGUGAAAAUAGUUUUUUCGCCAGAAGAAGCACGAGAGAUUUCCUCAAGAAUGAUUGGGAAAAAGCUAUUCACAAAGCAGACGGGUGAAAAGGGCAGGAUAUGCAAUCAAGUAUUUAUCUGUGAGCGCAGAUAUCCCAGAAGAGAGUAUUAUUUUGCAAUAACUAUGGAACGAUCAUUUCAGGGCCCUGUCCUCAUUGGCAGUGCUCAAGGUGGCGUCAAUAUUGAAGAUGUGGCUGCUGAGAAUCCUGAUGCUAUUGCCAAGGAACCAGUUGACAUUGUGGAAGGCAUCCAGAAGGAACAAGCUGUCAGGCUGGCCAAGAAAAUGGGAUUUCCUGCUAAUUUAGUAAACGAAGCAGCUGAAAAUAUGAUUAAGAUCUACAACCUCUUCAUUAAAUUUGAUGCCACAAUGGUAGAAAUUAACCCCAUGGUUGAAGAUUCCACAGGGAUUGUGAUGUGUAUGGACGCAAAGAUAAACUUCGAUAGUAAUUCAGCUUAUCGUCAGCGGAAAAUCUUCGACUUGCAAGACUGGACCCAAGAGGAUGAAAGAGACAGGGAUGCAGCAAAGUCUGAUCUUAAUUAUAUAGGAUUAGAUGGCAACAUUGGAUGUCUGGUAAAUGGAGCUGGUCUUGCAAUGGCCACCAUGGAUAUAAUUAAACUUCAUGGAGGCACUCCAGCAAAUUUUCUUGAUGUUGGUGGUGGUGCUACAGCACAGCAGGUGACCGAGGCCUUUAGACUUAUUACUUCAGAUAAAAAGGUGCAGGCAAUUCUGGUAAAUAUUUUUGGAGGCAUUAUGCGGUGUGAUGUGAUUGCACAAGGUAUAAUUAUGGCAGUAAAAGAUUUGGAACUGAAAAUACCUAUUGUUGUACGGUUACAAGGUACACGAGUUGAUGAUGCCAAAGCAUUAAUAACAGACAGUGGUCUGAAAAUACUUGCUUGUGAUGAUUUGGAUGAAGCUGCUAAAAUGGUUGUGAAACUUUCUGAAAUAGUGACCUUAGCAAAGCAAGCGCAAGUGGAUGUUAAGUUUCAGUUACCAAUCUGAUCAAAUCAUUGUUUAUGGCCCUAUAGCCUUCACUGUGCUCUAUUUUCCAAAAUACUGUUUGGUCAUUUGUCCCAUCCCUCGACCCAAGUGUGUAUCUGUCAGUUUUAAUUUUUCAUUGCUUGACAGGUGUCCUCUUUCUAUUCAUAUUUAGGAUAGUCAUUGUGAGAAUACUGUUGUCACUAAUAUCUGCUAAGCUGCAACCUAUCUCUUUACAGCUGCAGAGGAUGAUUGAUAUAUGUCAUGAUAAAAAAGAAACCCUUCAAAGCUACCAAUGUAUUUCCUCGAAAUAAAAUUUAAAGUCAACAGGA